AUGAUAGCUUUAAUUGUGCUACUCUUGCUGCUGCUUCCUCACACGUUAUGCAAGACCCACACUGCAAAAUGCACAAUAAGUGGUCCACACCCUCCACUUCACGAAUAUCAUCAGUCAGGAGACCUCAUUGUUGGUGGCAUUGCUUCUCAGACCUUCAUCAUCUCCAAUGCAAUAACCUUCACUGAAGAACCUCCGGUAGCAUUGUUUGAAGACCUUACGGUAGUGCCUAAGAAUUACCAGCAUAUCUUGGCCUUUGUAUUUGCAAUAAAAGAGGUCAAUGAAAACCCUCAGAUCCUGCCAAAUGUUACCUUGGGCUUCCGCAUCUAUGACAGUUAUUUCACUGCAAAGCGGACUUAUUAUGCCACAAUCUUGCUCACAUCUACAAAAGACAGUUUUGCUCCAAACUACAAAUAUGGCCUCCGGAAUAAACUGAUGGCAGUCAUUGGAGGACUAGACUCAGAAAUUUCUCUUCAUGUAGCAACUAUUGUAGAUAUCUACAAGAUUCCACAGCUCAUCUAUGGCUCUGCUCCUAUUAUGAAUGAUAAAACCCCAGGCCUUUCCUUCUACCAGUUGGCCCCUAAUGAUGCCCUUCAGUAUACAGCGAUUCGUUCUUUGCUUCUGCAUUUCAGCUGGACCUGGAUUGGGGUAGUCAUUAUGGAUAAUGACAAUGGAGAAAGAUUUGUGCAAACUGUACGUCCAGUGUUCUCCCAGAGUGGCAUCUGUUUUGCCUACAUAGAAAGAAUUCCAACAGUAACGUUUUUCACUGAAGUUAUGGGCAUCCUGCAAUAUGGGCUUAAAAUAUAUGAUCAAAUAAUGAAGAGCAAAGCCAAUGUAGUAGUGGCCUAUGGAGAAUCUUAUUCCAUGGCAUUUUAUAGGUGGUUGACUUAUUUAUCAGAACAAGAACAUGUAAUAAAUACACUGAAAGGCAACGUGUGGAUAGCCACAGCCCAGGUGGAGCUCACUUCAUUUCCCUGUCAAAGAAGUUGGGAUGCAGAAAUAUUCCAUGGUGCAAUAUCUUUUUCAAUUCAUUCCAAUAAUCUACGAGGGUUUCGAUUAUUUGUAGAGAGUAGGCGCCCAUCCAUCACAUCAAGAGAUGGAUUUAUCAGGGACUUUUGGCAACAGACAUUUGAAUGUGUACUCCCAAAUCCAGCUCUGGGCAAUGUCAAUGGACAUAUUUGUACAGGAAAUGAGAAUAUCGAGACCCUUCCUGGGCCUUUGUUUGAAAUGAGUAUGACUGGCCACAGCUACAGCAUCUAUAAUGCCAUCUAUGCAGUGGCUCAUGCUUUACAUGCCUUCUCCUCAUCUAGACUCAAGUACAAAGCAAUUGUAGACAAGCCUCAAUAUCAACAAUUGUGGAAGCUCCAUUAUUUUCUGAAAGGUGUCUCCUUUAACAACAGUGCAGGAGAUGAGAUCUCCUUAGACCAGAAUGGGGAGUUAAUAACUACUUUUGAUGUUCUCAAUUUGAUUGUUUCAUCAAACCAGACUUUUCAUAAAGUGAAAGUUGGGAAGGUAGAUCCCCAAGCUCCUCCAGACCACAAGUUCACUAUCAGUGAGGAUGCCAUAACGUGGCACAGCUGGUUUAACCAGUCUCUCUCUCUCAUAUUUUUGGAUCAGACAAGGCCUCUUUCUGUAUGUAGUGAGAGUUGCCAUCCUGGCUAUAGAAAAAAAAUGAAGGAAGAGAAGCCAUUUUGCUGCUAUGAUUGCAUUCCAUGUCCAAAAGGGAAGAUUUCAAACAAGAUGGAUGUGGAUGACUGUCAUAAAUGCACAGAUGAAAACUAUCCAAAUGGAAAUCAGGAUUUGUGUAUACCUAAGAAAAUAAGUGUUGUGUCUUACAAAGGCAUUUUGGGGCUCUGUUUAGCCAUUUUGACCCUAUCAUUUUUGCUGACCACAGUUUUCAUCCUAGGAAUGUUUCUGAAACACCACAACACUCCCAUCGUCAAAGCCAACAACCGGAGCCUCACUUACACUCUCCUCAUCUCCCUCCUGCUCUGCUUCCUUUCUGCAUUCCUUUUCAUUGGAAAUCCUAAUCGAAUGAUGUGUCUGCUACGACAGCCUGCUUUUGGCAUAAUCUUCUCAGUGGCUGUUUCUUGUGUGCUGGCAAAAACUAUCACGGUGGUUCUGGCUUUCAUGGCUACCAAACCAGGAAGCAGGAUGAGGAAGUGGAUGGGGAAAAGGCUGGCCAACUCCAUUGUUCUUUCCUGCUCCCUUAUUCAAGUAGGCAUUUGUGCUGUGUGGUUGGCCACCACUCCACCAUACCCAGAUGUUGACAUGCACUCAGUAAUUGGUGAAAUUGUACUGGGAUGUAAUGAGGGGUCAGUGAUUAUGUUUUACUGUGUUCUGGGGUACAUGAGCCUACUGGCAAUUAUCUGUUUCACUGUGGCUUUUCUUGCCAGGAAGUUACCUGACAGUUUCAAUGAAGCCAAGUUCAUCACUUUCAGCAUGUUGGUUUUCUGCAGUGUGUGGGUAUCCUUUGUUCCAACCUAUCUAAGCACCAAGGGAAAAUACAUGGUUGCUGUAGAGAUAUUUUCUAUCUUAGCUUCCAGUGCUGGCUUGCUGAGUUGCAUCUUUUCCCCGAAAUGUUACAUUAUUAUGUUGAGGCCUGAGCUAAACCACAGGGAACAGCUCAUGAGGAGAAAAGGUUGGCAGAUAAUAGUACCUAAGAAUUACCAGCACAUCCUGGCCUUGGCAUUUACAGUAAAAGAGAUCAAUGAAAGCCCUCAGAUCCUACCCAGUGUCACUCUGGGCUUCAGCAUCCAAGACAGCUAUUUCAAUGCAAAGCGGACUUAUCAUACCACAAUAUUACUCACACCUACAGAAGAGAGAUUUGUCCUCAACUACAAAUAUGACCUCCAGAAAAAAAUGAGAGCAGUCAUUGGAGGACUGGACUCACAAAUCUCUCAUCAUAUGGCAACAAUAUUAGAUAUUUACAAGAUUCCACAGGGGCUUGAAAAAGAAAGUGACAUCCACGGUAUCCUAAAAUUCAACUUUACAAAUUUGACACUAAUGUUCACUGAAGAAACAGUGAAAAUAUUGGACCUCAAUAAACUUCUACUCAGGUAG